AUUAAGCAAAAACGGGGAAGCGUUUUAAUAAUUUUGAAAGCGGUUUUAAUACUUUUGAAUUUAACGUUUCUCGUACGACAAGACAGGUUAAGCGACAUAUUUGCACGUCUCAAAAUGCAUCAAGUGAGUCAUGAUAUCUAAUAAAAUAUGCGGCAUUAUGCGGUUGUAUUCUUUCAAUGCAAUGCCGUGACCAAUUCAGGUGAACAGUAAAGUAAUUGUUACAAUAGAGGUAUGUCAUUUUCUGUUGUGGAAUAAUGGUUUUUUAUUGUGUUGUACGACUGAUUGUGAAUAUAAAAAUGUUUCAUUUAAUAUUGUGGUUCUGAUGAUUAUUCUAAUCCUAUAUACCAUACUGAUCUACUACUUACCAUACAGUGGAGUGAGUUUACAUAGAUUUUGUUAUUUGUGCUAACAUUCAGUUUUAGUUUAACUUGUUUACAUGGACUUCUUCUUUUUUUUUAUUGCGUGGACGGAUAUUCAUACUCAGCAGUGGGAUGAAAGGUACUGAAUCAUCUGUAAGCAUAACGGAAACAACGCUUCCGUCAAUUGUCAACAAUGAAGGAGACGAUGGUACGUUAGAGUGUCAUAAAAUCUGUGGGUGUGACAGAGCGUAUAUCUAUGAUGAGACGAAAAAAGAAUGUGUUUUGGAUAACAGUUACAUCCUGCAGACGACUCUGGCUCGAAGCAGUGAAGAUAAGUCCGUCACCAAUUACAAUCAAGAUCACGAUAUGGCUAACGACGACGGAAUGGCAAAGCAAAUUUUUAUUGAAGCCGAAAAGUUCUUUCGUAGUAUUAUCAUAUCAGCUCUACUCUUUGCUGGCUGCGCCAGCAUCUGUGUUCUCAGCGCUAGUUUCUACUGCUGCCAUAUAAAUUACAGUGAUCGAAAAAUGGAGAGGGAGUUGAAGGCUCUAGCGAAAAAGUUGAACACGAAAUAUCAUUCUAAAAAGUCGAUUCGAAGGUCGCCACUUGAGCCUAUUGAAGAAAGCUGUAACGUUGUAGUAGAAGACGCCGGUGUAUUUGUUGUCUGAAUUGGAAUUCAUUAACAGUUUUUUUUUUAAACCACAGAAAAGGUAAAGAACGAAUUCUAAUAUUUAUUAAGCUAUUCGUUUAAAAUCAGAUCUUGUUAAUCGAUUAUUUAGCGGUCUCGCACUUUUAAUGAAUAAAUAUUUCGAUGUAAUUAAAU